UGCGACGUUUGACAUCACUGCCAGUUUGGCGUCUACGAGGAUUACUGCAUUCCUUUUUUUCGACUUUGAAAGCGAAUUAUCAACGAUUUUAUACUCAAAGCCAUGUUGCCGAAGACUAAGAAAAUGGUCGUCAAGAUCCCGCGUCAUCCCUACUUCAAUGUGCAAGGCGAACGGAGCGUGGAGCGCGAGGUGGAGUACCAGGUACGAAAGUGUCGCGUGAACCUGGAGCGCAUCAAGUCGUCCACCACUCCGAGUUCUCGUCCAUUCCCGCUGAAACCAAAGCCCAAGAGAUGCAUUGUACGUGUGGCCCGACUUCCGGACGUAGAGCGCAGCGAGAUUUCCGUGACCCCGGCCAGUUCCAUCAUGAAUUCCGACAUUGACGAGGGUAGUUCCAGCGAACAGGAGUCUAAUCUGACAAUCUAGUGUUCACAUAUUAUAAGAUCAAACAACGCAUCCUGCUGACAAACUUCAAAUCACACUGGGAGUCAUUCAAAGUACACAGAAGAGUACCAUGUCCAAUAUACAACAAAUAGAUAUGCGGCUACUCAUUCCCUGAAUAUUUUUAUAAGAUCUUCAUCUAAGACUGUAUGCAAAUGAAAUUCGAUUCAUUAAUACAAACUCGUGCGCCUAACAUGCA